GGGCGCUGCCUGGCGCUGACCGGCAGUGCGGCGGCUCUUCUCCCCAUGGCGGCCGGCGGCGACGGAGGGGCCUGCGCGCCCCAGCGGCCCUACGAGCUGGUGGUGUUCGGGGCCUCGGGCUUCACCGGCCAGUUCGUAGUGGAGGAGGUGGCGCGGGCGGCGGCCGGUGGGGAGCUGCGCGGCGGCCUGCGCUGGGCCGUGGCCGGGCGGAGCCGGGAGAAGCUGCGGGCGGUGCUGGAGCGGGCGGCCGAGAGGCUGGGGAAAGCGGCGCUCGGGGCGGAGGUCGGCCUGCUGCUGUGCGAUGUGAGCGACGCGACCUCGCUGGCCACCAUGGCGAGGCAGACCCGGCUGGUGCUCAACUGCGUGGGCCCGUAUAGGUUCUUUGGAGAGCCUGUGGUGGAAGCUUGUGUUGAAAAUGGUGCAAGCUGCAUUGACAUCAGUGGAGAACCCCAGUUUCUGGAAGGAAUGUACCUGAAAUACAAUGAAAAAGCUGCAGAAAAGGGAGUGUACGUCAUUGGAAGCUGUGGCUUUGACUCAAUACCAGCGGACAUGGGAGUACUAUACACCAGAGACAAGUUGAAAGGUACCUUAACUGGUGUCGAAAGUUUCCUGACAGUGAAAUCUGGGCCUGAGGGUGCUUGUAUACAUGAUGGGACCUGGAAGUCAGCUGUUUAUGGCCUUGCGGAUCAAGACAACUUGAGGAAGCUUCGAAAAAAGAUAGGAUAUGCCCCUGUUCCAGUAGUUGGUGCAAAACUUAAAAGAAGAGGACUUCUGUUUUACAAUCAGGAAUUCAAAGAGUACUCCAUUCCAUUCAUGGGAUCUGAUGUUUCUGUUGUGAAACGGUCUCAGCGUUAUUUGCACACAGAGUUGCAGGAAACACCUGUGCAGUAUGGCGCUUAUGUAAACGUAGGUGGUCUUGGCUCUGUUAUCAAGCUGAUGUUUGCUGGCAUUUUAUUUCUUCUUCUUGUGAAGUUUAGCUUUGGAAGAAAACUUCUGAUAAAAGUAAGUGUUCAAAACACAAAAGAAUUAAGUGGACAUAUUUUUUCCCCUCUGCCUUACUGUUGGUCUUUUAAUUUGUCAUCUCUUUUUUUUUUU